AUGUCUCGAGAAGAGCCAAAGCUUCCAAAGCAACGUGAGCCAUGCGAUCUGCCAACGAAAGAUUCGACCAAGUCAUUCUGGCACACAGAGCCCUCUGCGCUCCUCCUUGGCCAUCGUUCGACUCGCAAUCUCCCUGAGACGGCGGAUGUCGUGAUCAUUGGCAGCGGCAUCACUGGAGCAUCGAUUGCCCAUCACUUGCUCACAGCAGAGAAUAAAAGCAAGCCCAAAGUUGUGCUUCUCGAGGCCCGGGAAGCGUGCUGGGGCGCGACGGGGCGCAAUGGAGGUCACUGUCAGCCCAUCUUCUUCGAACACCCCCAUGAUCCGACCAUUGGCCGCUUCGAGCUUCAGACAUUCUACGCUCUCCAGACUUUGAUCAAGGCAGAACAUAUCGACUGUGAAUUUGUCGCCCAGCCUGGCGUUCGGGCGAUCUAUUCUCGCAGUCAUCUCAACGACGCCGAACUCGCGCUGUUAGCAAUGAAAGACACGGCGCCUGACCUCUCCGCAAUGAUGAAGCUCGUGACCGAUCGAGACGAACUCAACGCUCUACGAAUCCCAACAGCACUCGGAGCAAUCGUCACAGACGUAGCUGCAAGAAUGUGGCCCUACAAAUUCGUCUCCCACAUUCUCGAGAGCCUCCUCACAAGCAACAAACUAUCUGGAAGCUUCAACCUCCAAACCCUAACCCCAGUAACCAAGCUCGAAGAUUACUCCUCUCACAUCACAGUCCACACCAAGCGCGGUACCAUCAAAGCCUCCCGCGUGAUCCUCGCAACAAACGCCUACACCUCGCACCUCCUUCCCACCUUCUCCGACCUAAUUGUCCCCUGCCGGGGCCAGAUGUCCUCUCUAAUUCCCUUCCCCUCCGUCUCAGGCGAAAGCCGUCUAAAAGCCUCUCUCGCCUUCCUCGGCGAAGGCUUAGACGACUACUUAAUACAACGCCCCAACGAAAAAGGAGGCCACCUAAUGUUCGGAGGCGGGCGCCAACACGGAAAAUCCAUCGGCGUCACAGACGACUCCUUCAUCGACGAAGAGACCGGAAAAUACUUACGAACCCGUCUUGUCGAAGCUCUAAACCUUCCAGAAGGCGGAGCGCUUGAAGCUACGCAUAUGUGGACUGGAAUUAUGGGUUUCUCCAGAGAUUCAUAUCCUUGGGUUGGAAAAGUUCCGGAUUUGAACAACGUUUAUAUCGCCGCGGGGUUUACGGGACAUGGUAUGCCUAAUACUUGGUUGAGCGGGAAGGCUAUUGCGGUCAUGGUUGGGAAGGAUCUUGACGGGGUUGUUGGAGAGGAUGAGCAAGUUGAAAUUGCGAGGAAGGAGACGGGGUUGCCGGAGUGUUAUGUUGUGACGAGGGAGAGGAUGGAGGCUGCGUUGGAGUUGGAGGACGUGGAGAGUCAAGACUGGGCUGAGAUGGAGCGGGGAAGGAGAGGGAGAUCGGACGCUAGGCAGAGAGUGGUGAGUGGGUUUGCUUGA